AUGGGUCUACAGGUUGCUGCUCUGACCACGCUGGUCUUGGCCGUCCUCCUCUCACGUCUAUACGUGUACCUAUCCAGGACGAUGCGGUCGUCUGUACCGAUGCUUCGCAACAAGCGCAUCUGUCUCCUGAUCGCACACCCAGAUGACGAGGCCAUGUUCUUCGCGCCCACUGUCCUGGCCCUCACGCGACCCGACACGGGUAACCACGUCAAGAUACUGUGCCUGAGCACCGGUACGGGACGAUGGCCCGAGACCAAGAUCGUCGACAUCCUAUCGCAGAGUCUGGCACCGCACAUCGCCGGCGGACGUCGGACCGCGGGGGGCGCCACCCAGCCCCGGACGAACGUCGACGUCCUCAUCACUUUUGACGGCGAGGGCAUAUCCUCCCACCCGAACCACACGUCCCUGUAUCACGGGGCCCGCGCCUUCCUCGCCGCCCUCACAGACGACAGCACCGCCGCCGGCUGCACGUGCCCCGUCGACCUGUAUACCCUCACGUCUGUGGGCUUCGCGCGCAAGUACUCUUCCCUCCUCGACAUCUUUACCUCGGGAUUGCUGCUGCUUCGCGGCGCAGACUCUGGAGCAGGCGCAGGCGAUGGCCACCGUGACAACCUGCUGUUCGUCAACAAGCUGGUCGGACCGGACGGUGACGCCGCCCUCCCUACGGCCUGGAAGGCCAUGACCGAGGCUCACGCCAGCCAGAUGAGGUGGUUUCGCUACGGCUGGAUCGUCCUCAGUCGGUAUAUGGUCAUCAAUCAUCUGAAGCGGGAGACGGUCUAG